ACAUCAUUUCUCUUCCUCCCCAACGAUUCUACUUCGAAUCCCAAUUCUCUUUCUUUUUCCCUCGCUUUCACGAAAAGGCCUCUUCUUCUUCCAUUUUUGAACAAGGGUUUCCGUGGGUUUGGUUCUUUAUCUGCCAUAGCCUGCUCAACGACGUCGUCCCCGUUUACUGGAAAGGUUGGGUGGCAUAAGCGAGAAGGCAAUUUUUCUCUCUUAUCGUUUGGUGCAAGCCUCGAUGAAAGCGUGAUGGAAGCUGAUAAAAAGGCGGAUUCUUCCCAAGUUUUGUCUGCAAUGCUUCCUUUUGUGGUGGCCCUCACUGCAGUUUCUGCUCUUUCUCAGCCUUCUACUUUCACUUGGGUGUCAAAAGAACUCUAUGCUCCUGCACUCGGAGGAAUCAUGUUGUCUAUUGGGAUCAGGCUUUCAAUUGAUGACUUUGCUCUGGCAUUCAAAAGGCCUGUCCCUCUGUCUAUUGGAUUUGUUGCACAAUAUGCCCUGAAACCAGCACUUGGAGUGUUGGUUGCGCGAGCAUUUGGAAUGUCUCGUAUAUUCUUUGCCGGUUUUGUCCUCAUGUCUUGUGUUGCUGGGGCUCAGCUGUCUAGUUAUGCCAGCUUCUUGAGUAAAGGCGAUGUUGCUUUGAGCAUUCUUUUGACCAGCUCAUCAACCAUUGCUUCAGUCCUCGUUACUCCUCUUCUAACAGGCCUUCUCAUUGGUUCUGUUGUUCCAGUUGAUGCAGUUGCUAUGUCAAAGUCAAUUUUGCAGGUUGUUCUUGCCCCAGUAACACUUGGCCUAGUCCUCAACACAUAUGCAAAACCAGUUGUCUAUCUCCUUCAACCUGUGAUGCCAUUCGUUGCAAUGAUUUGCACUUCAAUGUGUAUUGGCAGUCCUCUUGCAAUUAAUCGUAGCCAAAUACUUUCUCCCGAGGGUCUGAGAUUGGUGGCUCCUGUACUGACGUUUCAUGCAGUGGCAUUUACUUUGGGUUAUUGGAUAUCCAAAAUCCCAAUUUUCAGGUUAGAAGAAGAAGUCAGCCGGACAGUUUCGUUGUGUACAGGAAUGCAGAGUUCUACAUUGGCAGGGCUACUUGCAACUCAAUUCCUUGGGAGCACUCAAGCAGUUCCUCCUGCAUGCUCAGUAGUUGCCAUGGCUAUCAUGGCCUCUGUCUAGCCUCGUUCUGGGGGAGUGGACGUCGGAUUAGGGACUUGCCCUCUGUACUAAUUUCACAAGCGGGUAGCACCGUUAAGGCUUGACAGAAGUGGCUCCUUAUUGGAAUUUGGGAGUCACCACGCAUCUUAUUCCAUAAACUGGUGUAAUUGUCGAGGCCCAGAAAGGUGGCUCAUUCUUUUUUUUUGGACAAUCAGCAGGCUGAUUGAACAUCCAAUAUAUAGGCAGCAGAAGAGUAGAUCGUAAUCUAAGUAGAGCAGCAUAACCAUAGAUAGCCGUACACCUAUAGAAUUGGAGGAUACGAAGCGAAGGUGUGGAAAGCUGUAUAUUCCUUGUACAGUUUUUUGGUAUUUUGCAGCCCUGGGCUUCAAAUCUGCAAGCCCCAUUAAUGUUUAUUUCUGUGUAUAGUCUAUACGACAAGAUGUAAAUCAGAUUACUAAGGCACCUGAAAUGUGAACGAUCUGCCUCUCCUCAGUUCUCUCAUACAGGUGCAAAAGAUUAACGAAGUGUGCGCUCUCUUGAACUUGACUGCAUUAUAGCCGACUUCAAAGUUUACCCAAAAAGUAACACCCUGGAGUUUCAGUUUCUUGGGAUUGGAAGUGAAUACUCCGAGUUAGAAAGCAGCAAAAGGAUUGGGCUGGUUUAAAGUUGAAUUUUGUGAAUCAUUCUUUGAUACUGUCAGCAUCAUCUGCCUGAUUGAAGAUUUGGAGGUUUAUGGGCCACAUCGUGCCGAUUUAUGUUUGUUAGCUUAUGUUUUGUCAGCUUCAAAACAAGUUACAUGGAAUUAGUUGUUCUCUAAAAGUUGGACACAAGGUACCCAUACAAUAAAGCCCAAGAGGGCGCAUAUGCAAGGUU